GCGGCGGCGUCACGAGCGGUGCCGGGGCUCAACGGGCGCUCGCCCCAUCGGGGCCGGGGCCGGCGGGAGUGGGGUGACGGCCAUGGCCACUGAGCACCUCUGUUGCUGAUCUCCUGUGCAGAUGUCGACCUACAAGCGGGCAACGCUGGAUGAUGAGGACCCCCUGGAGUCUCUUGGUGACAGUGAUGGAUACCCCAAUGGCUUUCAGGUGAACUUCCGCGGCUCGCGCGGCAGCCGGGGCUGCUGGGCCGAGCGCACGCGUGCCGAGAAGCAGCUGCUGGUGCUGCUGGGGGUGCUGGCCGUGCUGCUCGUGGCCUGUCUGCUGGGACUCAUCUUCCAGUACAGAGCCAGGCCACCUGCCAUGUGCCUGUCAGAAGCCUGCAUCUCCAUCACCAGCUCCAUCCUCAGCUCGCUGGACCGCACGGUGAAUCCCUGUGAGGAUUUCUUCAGCUACGCCUGCGGGGGCUGGAUCAAGGCCAACCCCCUCCCCGAUGGUCACUCACGCUGGGGCACCUUCAACAACCUCUGGGAGCACAACCAGGCCAUCAUGAAGCACCUGCUGGAAAACACCACGGCCAAUGUGUCCAGCGAGGCAGAGCGCAAGGCACAGCGCUAUUACCAGGCCUGCAUGAAUGAGAGCAAGAUCGAGGAGUUGCGUGCCACCCCGCUCAUGGAACUCAUCCAAAAGCUGGGUGGCUGGAACAUCACAGGUACCUGUGCUGGUGACAAUUUCAACGAGAUGCUGCGGGAGGUGACGGCGCACUAUCGCACCUCGCCCUUCUUUUCCGUCUACGUCAGCGCCGACUCCAAGAACUCCAACAGCAACGUCAUCCAGGUGGAUCAGUCAGGGCUGGGCCUGCCAUCACGGGAUUACUACCUGAACAAGACUGAGAACGAGAAGGUGCUCGCCGGGUACCUGAACUACAUGGUGCAGCUGGGGAUGUUCCUGGGAGGCACCGAUGAGGAGUCAACACGGCAGCAGAUGCAGCAGAUCCUGGAUUUUGAGACGGCCUUGGCCAACAUCACCAUCCCGCAGGAGAAGCACCGGGAUGAGGAGGUCAUCUACCAUAAAAUGACGGCAGGAGAACUAAAGGAGCUGGCACCAGCUGUGGAUUGGAUGCCCUUCCUCUCCACGGUCUUCUACCCUGUGGAGCUCAACGAGUCAGAGCCCGUUGUGGUCUAUGCCAAGGAGUACCUGGAGCAGGUCUCUGACCUCAUCCUGGCCACGGAUAAGUGUCUCCUCAACAACUACAUGAUCUGGAACCUGGUGAGGAAAACCAGCCCUCUCCUUGACCAGCGCUUCCGGGACGCCGAGGAAAAAUUCAUGGAAGUGAUGUAUGGGACGAAGAAGAGCUGCCUGCCACGCUGGAAGUUUUGCAUCAGUGACACGGACAACAACCUGGGCUUCGCUCUGGGGGCCAUGUUUGUCAAGGCCACCUUUGCUGAGGACAGCAAGCAGGUGGCGGAGGAAAUGAUCGCGGAGAUUAAAACUGCCUUCGAGGAAAGCCUGGAGACCCUGCAGUGGAUGGAUGAGGAGACAAGGAAAUCAGCCAAAGAGAAGGCAGAUGCCAUCUACAACAUGAUUGGCUAUCCCAAAUUCAUCAUGGACCCCAAGGAGCUGGAUAAAGUGUUUAAUGACUACGAGGCCGUGUCCGACCUCUAUUUUGAGAAUGUCAUGCAGUUUUACAACUUCUCAGCCAGGGUCACGGCUGACCAGCUCCGGAAACCGCCAAACCGGGACCAGUGGAGCAUGACACCUCCGACGGUCAAUGCAUAUUACUCUCCCACCAAGAAUGAGAUUGUCUUCCCUGCUGGCAUCCUCCAGGCCCCCUUUUACACCCGUGCGUCCCCCAAGUCCCUGAACUUUGGUGGGAUUGGCGUGGUGGUGGGCCAUGAGUUGACACAUGCCUUCGAUGACCAAGGCCGGGAAUAUGACAAAGAUGGCAACCUGCGUCCCUGGUGGAAGAAUUCCUCCGUGGAGGCCUUCAAGCAUCAGACAGCGUGCAUGGUGGAGCAGUAUGGCAACUACACUGUCAACGGUGAGGCGGUCAAUGGCAAGCACACCCUCGGAGAGAACAUCGCCGACAACGGGGGCCUCAAGGCUGCCUACCGGGCAUAUCAGAACUGGCUGAAAAAGAAUGGAGAUGAAGAAACACUCCCAACUCUCGGCCUCACCAACUACCAGCUCUUCUUCGUUGGCUUUGCACAGGUGUGGUGCUCAGUUCGCACCCCCGAGAGCUCGCACGAGGGGCUCAUCACCGACCCCCACAGCCCCUCGCGCUUCCGCGUCAUCGGCACCGUCUCCAACUCGCGGGAGUUCGCCGAGCACUUCAGCUGCCCCCCGGGCUCCCCCAUGAACCCCCUCAAGAAGUGUGAAGUCUGGUGAUGGGCGAGUGCCCCAGGGAGCCGGUGGCUGGUUGCUUUGUCCUCUGCCAACAGCUGGGCUUCCCCCGUCCUUUGAGGCUCAAACCACUUCUCCAUGCCACGGAGAGCCCGACUCUUCAGCCGGAGCAGUGUCUGUGCCCCGGCUUUGUCCGAGGUUCAACCCACUGUGAAAACUCCUCAUCCCCUGCUUGUUGGUGACAUGACUUCGGUUUGGGGGUCUCUUCUUUGCCACCAUGACCGGGCCAAGUGCCG